AUGGAAGUGAACUCCCUCUUACAGCCCAGUGAGGAGGUGGAAAACUACCACCGAAAUCGAACGGCUGCGCGCGCAUCUGGAACGGGACCGGGAGGUAGGAAGAAGACAACACUCGGGUGCGGUGCGCUUCGCGCUGCAUUGCGCAGUCGCGAAGAGGUGGGGGCGCAGGAACAGAAAGGCAAUAAUAUCACGCGUGACCGACUUCUGCGAGGACGCGGCGUACUUCGUAUCCCGCAUGGUUCUGUUAAGGACGCAUACUGA